GGGCGCUGCGGCUGCGCCAACCCUGGCUCCUCCCACAGGCCCGGAGCCUUAAGCCCCGCCUGGCCCUGGCGGCCCGGGAGCCCAGGCCUGCACCGGUUUUGGAUGGUGGUUAAGGAAGAUGGACACAUGGUCACUGCCCGCCAGGAGCCUCGCCUUGUGCUGGUUUCCAUCACCAUGGAGAACAACUAUCUGACGCUCGAAGCUCCAGGCAUGGAUCAGAUGGUUUUGCCUAUCAAGCUGCCUUCGUCGAAUAAGAUCCACGACUGCAGGCUAUUUGGUCUCGACAUCAGAGGCAGAGAUUGUGGCGAUGAGGUUGCUCAAUGGUUCACCAGCUACCUGAAGACACAGCCCUACAGGUUGGUUCAGUUUGAUACCAGCAUGAAAGGAAGGACAACAAAGAAACUUUACCCUUCUGAAAGUUACCUUCAGAAUUAUGAGGUAGCCUACCCAGACUGCAGUCCUAUCCACUUGAUUUCUGAAGCCUCCUUAGCUGAUCUCAACACCAGGCUGAAGAAGAAGGUGAAGAUGGAAUACUUCAGGCCAAACAUCAUGGUGUCAGGCUGCGAGGCUUUUGAGGAGGAUACUUGGGAUGAACUCCUAAUUGGUGAUGUAGAGAUGAAGAAGGUGUUGAGCUGCCCCAGGUGCAUUUUGACCACAGUGGACCCAGACACUGGAAUCAUAGACAGGAAGGAGCCGCUGGAAACCUUGAAGAGCUACCGCCUGUGUGACCCCUCUGUGAAGAGUUUGUACCAGACGUCCCCCCUUUUUGGGAUGUAUUUCUCAGUGGAAAGAGUUGGAAGCCUGAGAGUUGGUGACCCCGUGUAUCGGAUGGUGGAUUAACAGGCCCAGUGGCUGACAUGCUUCCAGGUCCUAGGAGAUAUUUUUGCGAGUCCUUACUGCCAGCCAUGACUGUCUUCCUGGAAACGAGCCUCCGUUUUUCCUUCAGAGCUUCCUGUGUCCUGAGUUAAUUUGAGAAAGGACCAGAGGUGGUUUGGGAAUGUGAGGGCAUAUACAUUUUAGAUAAUGAUGUUUUUAAAAAUAAAUGAAAUUGUGUAUGCAAUUAUUCUGAAUGGCCCUCCCACUGUCACUGUUUUCUGAUUACUGCCUUUAAUAUUGCUGAGUAAAGAAAGUUUAGAGUCAACUUAAAGGCUGCCAAAUUUAAAAAGAUGUUUAUACUCUUUAUAGGUAUAUUGUGUGAGAGAAGCAGGAAAACGAGUCAUAUCCUGAUGUCUAUGUGCUAACGUGCUCAUAUGCAGACAUGCUCACAUGCUGACACGCUCACUGCUAACAUGCUCACAUGCUAACAUGCUCACUGAUGGCCUGUUCUUGAUCUUGAUGUUGAACCCUGCUUAGUUUUGAUUUAUGACUGUCUCUGCCUUACUGUUAUAAAGCCAGGAUUAUGCUUAAAUAUAGAAAUGAUUUCAUAGAUCGUGGGGUUAUUUUGUUUAUAGAUGGUGUCUUUAUGUUUCUUUGGGAUUCUAUUAAGACAUACAAUUUACCUCUAAUUGUCAAUUCCUCUAAUUCUGCAAGAAAAUAGAAUUUAAAAGACUAGAAUCUUCAAAAGUAGGGGUAAGCAGGAGAAACCAUGAACACAUUUUUAAUGUUCAAAUCUAUUUUUCAUAACAAAGAAAGAUGAACUAGAUUGCUGUAACAAUUAACAUAUAAAUGAGUUGCCCUCUUAAA